CCGUUGACAUUCACGGACUUCCAGUGGAUGCCCGUUCCCUCGACCGGACGAUUGCCGAAACCGCAUUGCAACGUGCUUAUGGCACAAUUGCGGGAUUACUUGCACACUGUAGUACCAGCUCCGUUGAUGGGCGCCGGAGUAGAGGUUGUUGACCUUCACGGUUGCAUUGCGAAGAUCGACCGCGAGUUCAAGACGCAACGGUACGACGACAUCAACGCACCAUUGCUAUAUGUACGCAUUCAGAUCGGAGAGGCGACCUGCAACGCCUUGAUCGAUUGCGGAGCAUCUUGCAACUACAUCAGCCAGGACUUCAUGGUACGCGCCGGCCUUGGCCCACGUGUCCGGAGGAAGUCCCAGCCUACGCAAGUCUUUUUGGCAGACAGUCAUACGCACAAGUCCAUCGACCGGUGCAUUGACGUCGUCCCAGUGUGCUUUGCCCCUCACGCAAGUGAGGCGGUGUCCUUUGACAUUCUGGACACCAAAUUCGACAUGAUCUUGGGCAUGUCAUGGCUGCGAAGCAAGGAUCACCCGGUGAACUUCUUUAACCGCACCGUUCACGUUGGUGAUCGGAACGGAGUAUUAGUUCCAUGCACGGUGCCUCUUCCUCAUCCUUCGAUCAACUGCCACGUGGUAUCCGCCGCAAGCAUGCGAGCUUCCAUCAUCAGAGACGACAUCGAGGAGAUGGGGGGGUGUUUUCUCCACGCCCUCCCGCCCCAUGACGCUUCAUCGACGAACUCACCUUCGGAUCCACGCAUCACCGAGCUUCUCGACGCCUACAGCGACGUGUUCGAAGGCCCGCACGGAGUAGUACCGGAUCGACCCAUCCGCCACGAGAUCAUCCUCGAGGACGGGGCCACGAUCAGAAACGCCGGCCCUCUCCCACGCAUCGACGAUCUUCUCGAGUGGCUGGGCGGCGCCAAGUUCUUCUCCAAGCUGGACCUCAAGUCGGGAUAUCACCAACUCGAGAUUUGCAAGGAGGAUCGCUACAAGACCGCGUUCAAGACACGGUAUGGGCAUUUCGAAUGGCUGGUCAUGCCGUUUGGCCUUACGAAUGCCCCAGCCACUUUCCAAGCGGCUAUGACAACGGAGUUCCCACACAUGCUAGAUCGUUUCGUACUUAUCUACCUCGACGACAUUCUUGUCUACAGCCGGAGUUUGGAGGAGCAUGUGGAACACCUGCGCACCGUUUUGGAGUGGCUACGACAAGCCAAGUACAAAGCCAACCGCAACAAGUGCGAAUUCGCGCGGCAGGAGCUGGAGUACUUGGGCCAUUAUGUGACGCCGCAAGGCAUCCGUCCGCUCGCGGACAAGAUCGAGGCCCUACGAGUAUGGCCGGAGCCCACCAACACCACGGACGUUCGUUCAUUCAUGGGAUUGGUGGGCUACUAUCAGCGAUUCAUCACCGAAUACUCCAGGAUUGCUGCACCUAUGACGAGGUUACAGUCGCCAAAGGUGCCAUUCGUAUUCGAUGACGACGCACGCCGGUCAUUCCAAGCACUUAAGACGGCUAUGCUCAUGGCACCCGUCCUUAGCAUCUAUGACCCCACCUUGCCGACGAGAGUGACUACGGACGCUUCCGGCUAUGGCAUUGGGGCAGUCUUGGAACAGCACGACGGCGACGACUGGCACCCUGUGGAGUAUUUCAGCCACAAWGUGCCUCCCAUCAACUCGCUUGAUGAUGCAAGGAAGAAGGAGCUACUCGCGUUCGUCAUGGCUCUCAAGCGAUGGCGGCACUUCCUUCUUGGGCGUCGWAGGUUCACWUGGGUUACRGACAAYAAUCCAUUGACCUACUACAAGACGCAGGAUACGGUGAGSAGCACGAUCGGACGAUGGAUGUACUUCAUCGACCAGUUUGACUUCACACCGAAACAUCUUCCCGGCCUCUCAAAUCGCGCAGCAGAUGCACUCUCGCGAAGACCCGACCUUUGCGCUAUGACACAUCAUGCCUUCGCAUUCGACGAGGAUCUUCAGCGACACUUCAUCCGGGCAUAUGAGUCUGAUCCGGACUUCGCCACGUUGUAUGCACAGCUAUCUUCGGAUCACCCGCAGCCACUAUCGCAUUAAGACAUUGUCAGCGACCGCGACACUCGUUUCAUGUCAGCAUUUUGGACUGCGCUCAUGCAGGAGUCCGACACGACGAUGAAACCAAGUUCGGCUCGGCAUCCGCAGACAGACGGGCAGACGGAGCGGGCACAUCAAACCGCUCAAAUGAUGCUUCGUACGCUCAUUCGUCCGGACCAGAAAGAUUGGGUUGACCGCCUCCUCGACAUCGAGUUUGCCUACAACACUUCGGUGCAUCCGGCAAUCGGCGUGACUCCAUUCGAGUUGCACCACGGUGGACGGAAAGGCCGGAUCUUCGCCGUCCUUCUCCUCCCUCGACCAGCCGACAUUGACGCUACCUGCUCUCCCGCUUCCGUCCGAAAGUACAGGGAAUUGCUGACUCAAGCCCGCGCAAAUAUGCAAAAGGCUCAAGUCCGCAUGCAGCAGCAAGCCAACAGGCGUCGCCUACCAUGUCCCAUCCGCGCCGGUGAUCUGGUUUGGGUCUCCGCGGAAGAGUUUGCACUGGAACAGGAUGUUUCACGCAAACUGCUUCCCAAGUGGUUUGGACCUUGGUCUGUGACAGCUGCCGCGGGCGAUGAGCCCGAGGGCCCUUCAUUUGUGAUCAACAUUCCAGAGCAUCUGAUGGUCCAUCCGGUCUUCCACGCCUCGAAGCUGGCAACAUACACGCCAGCCAAGAGCGACGACUUUCCUGACCGACGAUCGCAGGACCCUCCUUCUAUGGAUGGUCAUCAGGAAGUUGACCUCGUCAUCACCGAUCGCAAGUACGGCAGCAAGCCGCGACAGUACAAAGUCACAUUCAAAGCAUGCGAUCGCGACGACACUCGGUGGAUAUCAGGCGCAGAUUUGAAAGCAUCCGCACCUCUGAUCUACGCGCAUUAUGAAAGGCGCAGGUUAGCUCAGGACGCUUCACGACCAGCCCCUCCCACCCGGACUGUGGUCCCUCCCUCAGACAGACAACUUUGCCCUCGCAGGUAAGCUCGGUUCUUCAAGGAGGGGGGGGGUGUGGCAUACUGCGUAGCCACACUGGCCCUGCAGGGCCCGUCCCGGACAUUCAGCCUA